AUGUUAGCAGCGGCUGCUCGACGAGGAACAAUGCCACAUACUCAUUGUCUAAAUACAAUGAUUUCAAAUACAUCAACGAAUAACAAGAAUUCCUUAACAUUUGAAAGUGUUGUAUGUACACAAUUAGAAUUAAAACGGCGUGCAGAGUCAUUUUCACGUCGUCGAAGUACAGUAUGUCGACGACCAUCAAUACAUAUUCCAUCAAUAACAUCAUCAAAUCGACGUAUAACAUCAACAUCUGUACCAUUUAAAUCUCAACCAAAUGAUCGAGCAUCAAUAUCAACAGCAUCAGAUAUUUCAACACAAUUUUUAAGCAUAAAAAAUUUGAAUGAUGAUAGAGGUAUAGGUGGCCGACAAUCAAUUACUUCUAUGUUCUAUUGGGAUGGAUCAUCGAGAAAUGCUCCUACAAUACAAAAAAGUGAAUCACGUGCAUCGAAAUGGAGUAUUGAUUUUCAUAAAGAAACACCUCAUUAUGGUAGUUUACGUUCACGUUUAAUUGAAGAAUAUACUGAUUGUGAAUCAUUAUUUGAAUUUGUUAAAAAAACUAUACUUGUACUUAUGAAAACAAAAGGAGCAACAAUUUUUCUUGGUCUUCUUCUUAUUCUUCCUAUUAUAAUGAUGGGUAUUGGUGUUAGUCAUUUAAAUGAUUGUCCACGUCAAACAAAUUUACCAAUUUAUUUAUUUGUUGCUGGUAUUGUAUGGACAACAAAACUUCUUCAAAAUAUUUGGCAUAAAUAUCGUUUACAACAAAAAGUUUUAAAUGAUGAAGAACCAUCAUCUGAUCAUAAUGAUGGUCAUGCAUUUAUUGAUGCUUUAAUGACAUCAUUUCUUAUAAUAUGGUUUUUUUUAGGUCAUUAUUGGUUAAUAACUAUUGGAUAUCCACCACAUUUUGAACAAUUAUUAGAAAAUCCUGAUAUUUGGUGUCAUAAAACAGUUGUUUUAUGUGCACUAGCAUCUAUACUCAUAACUUAUUUUAUAUUAAUUACAUUUGUUAGUCUUGUUAUAUUUCUUGUAUCCUUUACUCGAUAUACAAUUAUUAAACGAGCUUCAACAAAUUACCAAACAUGUGUACAUCAAGCUCGUUCAGUGAGUAAUUUAGAUAAAUUUAUAAUUUGUCCAAAUUUUACAUACGCAUUUCAUGCUGAAUUGGAAAUUAAUUUAAAUUGGAAUUUUAAUGAUAGUUUAGAACGAUGGUAUCUGUAUUUUACAGAUAUUCCUCUACCAAUAGGUUGGAACUAUGAUCCUCAUGUGAAUGAUUAUACUCCAGCUCAAGUAUUUUUAUAUCCACAUGAUAGAUUAAUAAUAUCUCAUAAUGCAAAAAUAAAAUAUCGUUGUUUAAAUUGUCGAAAUGAAUGGACAACAGCACGUGGCAGAGCUAUAUUUCAAGCAGCAAUCCCAAGAAUUUAUCAAUAUAAUAUUUUGUAUAUAAAAUUAUGUACACAACAAUGUCGAUUAUGUGGAAGCGAAAUUCAACCAUCGUGGUAUUUAAGUGAAGCAACUCGAGUUAUGAAAAAUGUAUGUCGAAUACUAAUAGAACAAUUUUAUUCUCAUCGAAAUUUUACAUUACCAAUAUUUCAAUAUUCUUCUUCUUCUUCCGAGGAAGGACUUCAACAACGAACAAGUCAAACAAGUGGUCCUCACCAUCAACAUUUAUGUCGAGCUUGUCAUGACGGAUAUUGCUUUGGUUCUCAUCGACAAUAUCAAGGAAGAAAUUAG